CUCGAUCUCCUCAUUCUUCACACACUCAUCACAAAAAAAACCUCCCUAGCCUCCCUCUUCAAUGGCAAUGGCAACCCAGGCCUCCCUCUUCACCCCACCCUCCCUCCCCUCAACCCGCUCCUUCCUCCGCCGCCCCAAAACCCUAACCCUAACCAGUCCCCGCAACGUAAAGAUCUACGCAAAAGACGAGAAAGCCCCCACGGCCGAAGCCAAGGAAGCCCCCGCAGGAUUCACGCCACCUGAACUAGACCCAACCACCCCCUCCCCAAUCUUCGGCGGGAGCACUGGCGGCCUCCUACGUAAAGCGCAGGUCGAAGAAUUCUACGUCAUUACGUGGGAGUCGCCGAAAGAGCAGGUGUUUGAGAUGCCAACAGGAGGUGCUGCCAUAAUGAGAGAGGGUCCUAACUUGUUGAAGCUAGCAAGAAAAGAGCAGUGUUUGGCUCUGGGGACUAGGCUCAGGUCUAAGUACAAGAUUAAGUAUCAAUUUUAUCGGGUUUUUCCGAACGGGGAAGUUCAGUAUCUUCAUCCUAAAGAUGGGGUUUAUCCUGAGAAGGUGAAUCCUGGGAGGGAGGGAGUUGGACAGAACUUUAGGUCUAUUGGGAAGAAUGUGAGUCCUAUUGAGGUCAAGUUCACUGGUAAGCAGGUUUACGAUUUGUGAGGUACUGUUUGCCGUGUUUUGAUUUAGCUUGUAUUUAUGGGUGUAUAAUUGUUGCUACUAUUUCAUGAAAAUGGUUAAUUGCUGCAAAAGGGUGUCUUUUGUUUGUUAUGUGAAUUUUCCCUCUUCAAUAGAACUCUGUAUCUUGCUGCGUAUAGUAUCAGGGUUUUUGGUGCAAAAUAUGUAAAAGAUUAAAAAAAAAAUUCCCUGCUCAUUGUAUGUUUUGAUGUGCUAUGAGCAAUUUUAUCGUG